AUGGCCGGAGAAGGAGAGUCGAAAAACAAUGAUCAAAUCGAUCUGAAUUCACCACUCUAUCUCCAUCCGUCAGAUUUUCCAAGACAAAUGCAGGUCAAUGAAGGGCUGACAGACAAUAAUUUCAACGACUGGGUGCAAGAAAUGACAAAUUUAUUGUAUGCCAAAAACAAAAUUGGGUUCAUCGAUGGAUCUAUCGAGAAACCAGAAAGCACCGAUAAAGUUUACAUGGCAUGGAUGCGGUGCGAUGCUAUGGUCAAGGGGUGGCUCACAACUGCAAUGGAGAAGGAAAUAUGUGCGAGCGUGAAAUACGCACAUACAGCAGCCGAGAUCUGGAAGGAUCUGAUCGAAUGUUUUGGAAAAGAAAGUUCACCGAGAGCCUAUGAAUUGAAGCAGGUUCUCAAUGCAACUCGACAAGAUGGAGUCACAGUUUCAGCUUAUUUUACGAGGUUGAGAAGAAUUUGGGAUGAAAUAAACACUGUCCUACCCACCCCACGCUGUACAUGUAAUGGUUACAAGUGUGAGGUGGGAAAGAAGUUGGUUGAAUUAAGGGAGAAAGAGCGCCUAUAUGAGUUCCUUUUGGGUAUUGAUAGCGACUUUGCUUUCAUCCAUACAAAAAUACUAGCAAUGAAGCCUACACCAAAUUUGAGUAAUUCUUAUCACAUAGUGGUCGAAGAUGAACAUCAAAGAAAUGUGACAACCGGGAAGAAGACAACCACAGAAAUGGCUGCCUUACAGGUCAAUAGAAAAGAAAGUCGGCCACAGAAGAAACCGUGGCAGAAAAACGAAAAAGGGGGCUUAACGAACAAAGCAGAAAACUAUACACAUUGUGGAAAAGGUGGGCAUAGUCGGGACGGAUGUUUUGAGCGAAUCGGGUAUCCCGAUUGGUGGCCUGGAAAGACAAAGAAAGGAAAUUUCAAACCAAAAGCAGCUUUCGCCGAUCUUGUACCCAAUCCUGUUCCUGGACUAAGUAAUGAACAAUAUGGUAUGUUCUUGAAAUUUUUUAGUGACUACAAGGAACGAAACCUAGAAUAG